CCAAGUGACAACUGUCAACGAAUUGCCUUUUUUGUGUUGUGCACUAAAGUCAAAAUGUGCAUAAUGCCGCCGUUUCACAGCUGACGUUGAUUUUAAAACUUUAUUUUAUGAAUUAAACAUUAAAUAAACCGAGAUAAUGGAGGGUGGGGAAUCAUUUUUGUCGUGCGCUGUGACCAUUGAGUGGCUGACUCCUCAAGGUUCAAUCUCAAGAAAAGUUGCCUACAAAACAGCUUCACUUCGACUUAUUCGAAAUGAAUUUCGUGAAAUGUACAUGGAAGUAACAUCUGAGAAACAUGCAGCUAUUCGACUAGCAUUAAAGAGUAUAAAUGUUUUUAAAAAGUUUAUGGCCGAAGGUAAAGCUAGCGUCAAGUUUCAAGAGGCGGGUUGCACUUUAUUCCUAUCAAAUGCACCGCCAACUAAUCUGGUUUCGUUUUUACGAACCAUUUUCGUUAAGAUGACGGGUGAUAAAGAACAGUUGGCAAAUACAACUCCAUCGAAACAGACAAUAAGAGCUAAGUUACUGAGCGGUAAGACGCAAGCUUUUGAGGAGAUAAGUCCAGUAACUGUAUCUGAUGUGCGCAAUGCUAAGAAUAAGAUUACUGUUAAAUCUACUUUGACAACACCUUCUCCCCCAUCAAAGAAACGGAAAUGUGAAGACGCAGCAAGAGGACCAGCACCAAAGAAGCUUUAUUCUCCAUCACCAUUAGCUGCAACAAGUUCAUUAAAUCCAGAACAGCAGAGAGUGCUUGAGGCAUGUUUGGGUGGCAAAAAUAUAUUUUUCACAGGGUCAGCUGGGACAGGAAAGAGUUUCUUGCUGAAGAGGAUUGUUUCUGCACUAGCACCUGAUGUUACUGUUGCUACUGCAUCAACUGGAGUUGCUGCUUGUCAUAUUGGUGGAACUACUCUUCAUGCCUUUGCUGGAAUUGGUGAUGGCAGUGGAUCAAUAGAAAAUUUAUGUGAAAGAGCAAUGAAAAUUCCACUGAUCACACAAAAGUGGAGAAAAUGCAAACAUCUUAUAAUUGAUGAAAUAUCCAUGGUUGACGGUGCUUUCUUUGAGAAACUAGAAGCAGUGGCAAGAUAUGUUAGAAAAAAUGACAAACCAUUCGGAGGUAUUCAACUCAUUCUGUGUGGUGAUUUCUUACAACUGCCACCUGUUGUGGAUAAAAACAAAGCUACCAAAAGAUUCUGUUUCCAAUCUCCUUGCUGGGAUAAAUGUAUAGAACUUUGUUUUGAACUCAAAGAAGUGCACAGGCAGAAAGACAAAGAAUUUAUUUCAAUUCUCAAUAGUAUAAGAAUAGGGAGGGUUACAAAAGAAAUUAGUGAUCGCCUAGUGGGAACUUCAAGACAGAAAAUUGAAAGUGAUGGAAUACUUGCAACAAGGUUAUGUUCACACACAAAUGACUCCAAAAUGAUAAAUGAUUCAAAACUAAAUGAUUUGAAUGGUGAAGACAAAGUAUUUGUGUCUCAGGAUAGUGACAAUGCAACUAAACUUUUAGACAUGCAGACAAUAGCACCAUCAAAAUUAGUGUUAAAAGUUGGUGCUCAAGUGAUGUUAUUGAAAAAUAUAAAUGUCAAUGCUGGCUUGGUAAAUGGAGCUAGAGGAGUAGUAGUUAGGUUUGAGGAAGGACUUCCAGUGGUAAGAUUUAAAAAUAAAAAAGAAUACACAGCCAAGUCAGAGCGCUGGUAUGUCAAGAACUCAAAUGGUAGUUUAUUAUGUCGCCGACAAGUGCCUUUAAACUUGGCAUGGGCAUUUUCAAUACAUAAAUCACAAGGUUUGACAUUAGAUUGUGUUGAAAUGUCAUUGUCUAAAAUUUUUGAGGCUGGACAAGCUUAUGUUGCUCUCAGCAGGGCACAAAGUCUAGAUACUUUAAGAGUACUGGACUUCGACUCUCGACAUGUAUGGGCAGAUCCCAAUGUUUUAGAAUUUUAUCAGAAGUUUAGAAGACGGUUGCAGCAAAUGGAGAUUGUGCCACUUGGGAGACCUUUGACUGAUAGAACUAAUAAAAAAUUGAAAUUAAGAGAAAUUUUAGAAAAACAACUACGAAGGAAAUGAUAUUAAUAAUAUUUGAAAGGAAUAGUAAUUAAUUUAUGUAUUCAAUAAUUCAAUUAUGAUCUUCAUUUUAGACUGCAUUCUAAAUUAAGUUAUUAUAGUUAGCAAAUUUAAUUUUUACUUAGGUAACUAAUAAUGAAAAAAAAUCAUAACAUUAGCUCUAAGUUAUAAAGACUAGAUUUUAUUCUGGAAAUAGACAUAAUGUAUACUAAUAAUAUUCAGAAGAAAUAGACAUAAUAUUCAGAACUAAAACUAAAUAUUUUUUUAUGACUUGUAGUAAUUAGAAAGCAGCUUGUAAUAUUAAUAAUGAAACAGAAUUAAUAAAAUUAUUGUGUAAUUGGAAGCUAUAAACAACUGUUGCUUUUUUUUUAUUAUAUUUUAGUUCUUUUAUUUAUAGGACAGGUGUCUUAAACCCAUCUAGACCAGAUUAUGUGCUUAUUGUUGUAUACAAAAAAUUCUAUUGUGCACCCUAAUAUGCCAAAUACAACUAUUUCUAUAAAUAAGUGCAUGUGCAUUUGAUCUUAGACUUUGCCAGGAAUUAGAGAUAUUAGCCAUAUUCUUUAAGCUUUGUCUAAGACAGCUGUAGAUAUACAGAGUAUCAAUAUAUACAAAUACCUUCCUUCAAAUUUUUCUUACUAGAAAAAUUAAAUCGGGGAACAAAAUGUUUCUGUAAUUUAUUUUUAACUGUAUGGUAAAUUAUGUAUCCUUAAAAUUACUUAUAUUAUUUAAAUUCUUAAACAUAGAAUAUGUGUCUUAUAUUGAAUGUAAGGGGCCGUUCAAGUAUUACGUAACGCAAUUUGGAGGGGAGGGGAGUCUUGUAAAACGUUACGAUUCGUUACAGGCGCGGGAGGGGGGUUCGUACAACGCGUUAUGUUACAUUGUAUUUUUUAUUUCAAAACAAUAACAAAGGUAUUUUAGCGAUUUUCCGGUACUUUUUUGAGGGGUUGGAGAGGCGGAGGCGUACAGGAAAACUUUACGGCGCGUUACCUGGAAGGGAGGAAGUUUCAAAAAUCUUCAAAAAUUGAGUUACGUAAUACUUGAACGGCCCCUAAGCCAAGUCUCAUGACGUGCUUUAAUAAAGAAAAAAAUAUGGAAUGUAUGCAAAUGUAUUUAAUGAAUUUGUCUCUUACACAAAAAUAAUGCUAUUUUCCAGUUCACUCCAUAACAACCCUUAUAACCAACCUGAAGUUAGUCACAUAACAUUUCUUUCAAGUUCCAUGACACCCCUAAAUUUCUUAAAACAAUGAUGAGUGCUACAUUUUGUCAAAUUUGAGACUGCCCAUAAAGGUUGGUGUCAGAUUUACAUAAUACUUAUACUAUUAAAUUUUUACCUAGACUCAAUAGAUGUUAAUAUUUCAAUUUGCUCUUCAAGGGUUGCAUGUUUUUCUUGCAAGCAUUUAACAAUAUAUUUUAAUGACUCUAUAUUUUGCUCCUGCUCUUUGCGAACCAUCCUUGAUUCUUCCAUGCUUUUCUGAAGUAUUUCCACAUGUUUCUUAGUUUGUACUACUAAAUCCAUCAAGCGUGUGUUCAAAUGGUCUUGUUUUUUUAUCAUGAGCCACAGUUGUGCCUCAUUGGGUGCGUCAGCUUUACACUUCAACUCAUCAGUUACAAAGUUAUCCAAGUUGACUGGCUCCUUCAUUUUGCUUAAACUUUGUUUGAUAUUAUUGGUGAGGUCAGACUGUGGCAUUCUGUUUAAUAGUCUCUCAACUUUGGAUUUGCCUGGUUCAUUCUGAAAACAAGAUUGUUUAAUUUAAAUGUAUGAAUAAAUAAAUAGAUUUUUAAUUAUGCAA